AUGAAACCUACUCAUCAAAAAACCAAAAAGAAGAAGAAGGAAUUAAAACUUGCUCACUUUACUGAAAGAUUGAAGAAAAAGAAAUGUUGUAGUGAUGUGGAAUCAAGUCAUGUUAGUAGUAGUGGAGAAGAGAAUCAACAAAUCAAUGUAAUAGAAGCAAAUUUGGUGGAUGAGUUUUAUCAAUCUGUUGAGCCUCAUGUUAUUCAUUCGGAAAACAAGUUGCUCUACUUUGAUCAUAUGUGUGUUGCUUCACAAUUUCCUCCACUCUUGAAUUUAAAAUUAUUUCCUAAUGGAAAGGAAGUUUCUGAAAGUUUAUCUGCCUAUUAUUCUGUUAGGGAUUAUUUGGAAUUUAAAAACGACUUGAAUAUCAUAUCCAAUAGGAACGUUCAAUGUUAUGUAAUUGCUGAUGGAAAUGUUCCUAGAACUGCUGCUGUAUUUGCUUGUGCUACAAAUUGGAGAGUAUUUUCCAUUGAUCCAAGAAUGAAACAAAAGUGGGUCUGUAAAUUUAACAAUGAUGUGGUGUCAAUGGAUAAUGAACAAGGUCAACCAAAAGAACAAGAUUUUGUAGAAGGAUUAGAAUCAACACCAUCCAUUCAGAGAUUAUAUCCCUUCUCAAUGACAAGCACUGAAUUUCUUCAAACUUCUAUUUUCAAAAAGGUAAAAUCACUCAAAUCAGAUUUGAAUAUCAUUGUAGCAGUUCAUUCACAUGCUGAUUUAUGGGAGUUUUACAAUGAAAUUCCAUCUCCCAAAUUAUGUUUGGAAAUUCCAUGUUGUUUCAAGCCAAACAUUCAAAGAGAACCAAUUACUGUCUUUACAGACGAAGCUCUUCACAGUGAAAAGAAUACAAUUUACAUGUGGUAUGAAGAAUAA